CGCAUGACAUGUUGUAAACAAUGAGACUAUUCCAGACCGUCUUGAGCUUUGUGUCUAAGUUUAUCUGUGCAAAACUAAACGGUAGCCCACAGCUCUGAAUCUUUGAAGCGAAAUGUUUAUCGGGAGCUGAAGCAUGGAGGCGGUUCUGAGUAGGCUGAAGGGGCUGAGUGCUGCCGAGCUGUCUGAGGAGUUUGUUCGAGCAGACCUAAAGUGUGGCCCCAUCACUUCUACCACCCGAGCCACCUAUGAGAGGAAGUUAGCCCGUCUUCUGGCUGGACAAGAGGGAGCUCCUACUGAAACAGACAGUGGCUGUUCAUCACAGAGCACAGAUGACGUGGCCAGUUUCUCCAAACCUGUGGCAGGUGCCACCUCAGCAGUUUCACUUGAGACUAGUGCAGCCAGCAGCAGCUCCUCUCAGAGAAAUGGUGAAGAUUUAGAAUUUGGUUAUGGUGUGGGUCUGAACCCUCCAGAGGAGGAGGAGAUUUCAGGAAAGUCAGACUUCAACAGCUCUCGUGACUACAGCAACUCUCAAUUCAAAACAGAAACGCCUUCAAAGCCAGCACAAGUAUCGCCAACUUUGUAUUAUGGAGUCUGUCCCCUGUGGGAGGAUGUCUUGGCACGAAAUGAGGGAGCACAUGUUUACAUGGAUAAGAAAGACGCACUUCAAGCUGUAAAGACCAUGAAGGGGGCACGCUUCAAAGCAUUUAGUAACCAUGAAGAUGCAGAGAGGUUUUCUAAGGGACUCUGUGACUAUUGCCCCUCUCCAAGCAAGUCCACAACCUGCAUCUCUCCCAUCAAACUUGGACUGGUCGUCGGGAAAGAAAACCUGGAGGUGGACACCAUUAACAGGGAGCGGGCCAACAGUUUUAAGAGCCCACGGAGUCAGGAUUUGACAGCCAAACUACGGAAAGCUGUGGAGAAGGGGGAUGAGCAAGCCUUCAGCGAGCUCAUCUGGAGCAACCCACGCUAUCUUAUUGGCUCAGGAGAUAAUCCCACUGUUGUUCAGGAGGGCUGCCGGUACAACGUCAUGCAUGUGGCAGCCAAGGAGAACCAGGCAGGGAUCGCUCAGCUGCUACUGGACACCAUGGAAAACCCAGAGUUCAUGCGCCUCAUGUACCCAGAUGAUCAGGAAGCCAUGCUGCAGAAACGAAUCCGCUACAUUGUAGAUCUUUACCUCAACACUCCAGAUAAGGCUAGCUUUGAAACACCUCUCCACUUUGCCUGCAAGUUCGGAUGUCCAGAUGCGGUCAAUGUCCUGUGCUCGCACCCUGACAUCGAUAAGAACUGCAAGAACAGAGAUGGCCUAAUGCCUGCUGAUCUUAUUUGUAGCAGAAAAAAUAAAACCACAGAGGUGAAACAGAAAAUAAGUGACUACCUGGAGGACCGCUGCUAUAUCCCAUUACUGAGGGCGACCGACAACACCUCCCAGCCCAUCAUUGGUGCUCCAUGGUCGGCAGAUUCCUCAGAAAGCCUGGCGCUGAUCCAGCGGCACACGAGAAGCCCCAUGGAUCCCUGGAUGACAGUCACAGCCUUCGCUGGCCCACUUAGCCCUUCUAAAGCAGAUGAUUUUCGGCGAUCCUGGAAGACGCCACCGAGAGGCCAGGCGGAGCUUUUCCGCCACAUUCUUAAAUCCGACCCAGACAGAGGGGCUGAGAGAGUUGGCAGAGACCUUGCUCACAGGAUGGGCCAUCCCUGGGCUGAGUAUUGGGGCUUCCUGGACUGUUUUGUGGAUCUGUCCUCCCAUGAGGGGCUCCGUAAGCUGGAAGAGUACCUGAGUAAGAAGGAUUUCAGUCACAGGGCUCAUGAGGGGGCUGGACCGAAUGAGACCAGCAACAGGUUCAAAACACCCUCUCCAGGCAAGCCCAAAAAAUUCUGCAACUCAAUUUCAGUUGGGGCCUUCCUGGAUGAGGGAGACGACAUCAGCCUGGAGGAGAUGAAAAAUCGUCAAAACGCAGCACUGUCCAGUAUCACCUCCUCUGUUGCGUCCAAAGACGCCCUGAAGGGAGCUGUAGGCGGGCGAGAGUUCCACAUACCACUGCAUCACCGCGGAGCGGACCUGAUUGAGAACGCCGCCGAGCAGGACCUUCUGUGCUGCUGCAACGAUGGCCUCCUGUCACCUGGAGUGGUCUGCAAAAACGAAGUGUGCUCUUCCUCCAGGGAUCGAACUCACAACGGAGACAAGGUGUCCCCGCGCAGCUCCCCAUCCUCCUCCUGCAUGCUGUCGCCCAUCUCCAACCUGAUGGCGGAGUUUGAACGCAUGACGCUCAAAGAGCCUUCAGACAGCCCUACAGGCUGCAGGGAGAGGAGGAGCAGUGGCAGGAACCGGCACAAGGACGUCCGACACUCGUGCAGCUCCUUCUCAGCUACAGACCUCAGCUCGGGGCUGAACCGCCUGUCACUCUGCCAGGAGGGCAGGGAUCGAGCGGAGAGGAGCAGCAGUGGCAGCUCAGACGAAUACUUUACCGCAGAGGAGAGUCUGGAGUCGCUGGGGAGGACUAGGGGGUCAGUGCCAGGGGUGCGCAACAUCUGUGCAAGAUCCAAGUCAUGGGACCAUGGAGGCAGGGACCUGAGCAGCUCUGGCUCCUCUGGCUCCUCUUAUAAGUCUCUAGAUGACUCCCAUGAGUUCUUACCCAGGACCCCUCCGAACUUUAGAAGAGGACUUUUUAUUGAGGGGGACUCGCCCACUAAGCUGGACAGCGAGGUCCUGUCUGCAUUAAAGGACACUGAUAUAGAUCCACAGAAGUAUCCCAGUGUACAUAAGUGGAAGAGCACAAUGAAGUCAUACUCUCCAUCGGACAUGCAGAGUUGGCCAAGCCCUGCAGUAAAACCCAGACUCAGGAUGCAGCAUCAGACCUCCAGCUCCCCCAACAGCGGCUUGAUGUCUCCCACCGGUCGCUUCAGUCCUGUCCGCCACGCUGCCUCACCAGACUUCAGCCCCAGCCGCUACAGCCCCGCCAGCAUCGGCUACAUCCAACGCCUCCGCUUCAAGCACCUGAGCGAGCCACUAUUCUAAACUGCCCUCUCCUUCGACCACUUUUUCCAGAACUCUUCCUCGAUUCUACAACCCCAGUUGCACCCAGGUCACAACAGCAGAGCGCAGAGACCCCAAACCUGACAGAAAUAUGCACAAGUGUCUGGAAGAUUUGUAUUGACGAUGUAUGGUACUACAACGUAAAACAGGAAUUCUCAUCACAUUAGACUGUAAAAAGGAGAAUCUGAAAUGUUCGUUUAUGUACUGUAUGGGUGUGGACUAUGUUGAAUUCAUGAAAAAGUGUUUGUGGCAACUGUGAAACACCUUUAUCAUAGCCGGAGUCGACGUUUUUUGGAAUAUUGUGAACCCAAGCCACACUUCUCCAAAGUUUAGCUGGUCACUAAAACCAUGGAAUCCUCAUCAGGGUUCUGUCACCGAAAGAUGUUGUGGAAAAUACUAAAACAAGUAAUUUGUCAAUAUUUUAAAUAUUUUUUUGUAUGUUUGUCAGUAGCACAAAAAGUAAAUGUUUUUAUUAAUGGUGUUUAAAAACUGCCAUUUCCAUGUUGUUCCUCAGUUCAGGAAUUGCCUUAAUUUUCUGAAGUGAUGAACCCGUUUUCAGUUUAGACGCAUUUAAGCUCAUACAUAAAAUGGAAAAACCAGAUCUUCCAUAUUUUUAGGUUAAUCUGUAGUAAAAUAUUUGUUUUAUGUCUAUCUGGUAGUUCCUGGAUGUCUUGACGUUUUCUUUGUCCCAUUAAGGGCAGCCUUAAAAUGUGCCAUUUCCUUUUUUUUUUUUUUGUCUUUUUGGAUUCUAUUUGCACAAGCAUGUCCUUCAGUGCGAGUUCAAUUUGUUCGGCCUGUGCUAAACCUAGCCUGAGAUCACCUUUUAAACUGGGUUUUUAAGCACUAGAGGGCAGCGUGACUCCAGAAGUAAACCCAACACCACAAUCCAGACCUAAUCGUUUAACAGGCCUGUUGAGAUAACAUGUCAACUAAGCAGAAGCUGCCUUAUGUGAUUAGAGCGCUGCAUCAUGUUACCAGCUAAUUCCCAGUAUUAUAACAAAAUGUGCUCCACAGAAUCAACGUACUGGGAGUCUGUUCUGGCUCCAGUGUCCCAACUGUGUCCUCAUGUACAUGCGACUGGUUGAGGUUGUUCACAACCAGCUCAAUGUUUAGAUGAGGGAAAAAACAACUCUUGAAUUUCCAAAUUGACCAUACUCUCUGAAGUUGAGAAUGUUCUGAAUGUAUUUUUCUAACCUUUAUCUAAGAGCACAAUCCACUUCACUAAGAUUGUAUUGUCAUUCUUGUGCUCUUAGGUGAGGAGAUCAAAUUCUGGUCUCUGAAUGUUAAUGAAUGUGGAACUUUGAAAAAAAUGCACCUAAAACAUUUUAACAUGCUUCUUGUGCUUUUAGCAUUCUGUACUUUAUUAAAUUGGACUUUCAUGAUUUUUCUGUAUGUAUGGACUUCAUUUGCUUUUAUCUAAUCAAUAAAUCUUCACUCCCA